CUGCUGAUGGUCCUGCUGUAGGCAUAUUCUCCUCAGCUCACUCACUCCUUCACAACCAGCCACUCGUGUGUGAAACUGUCCUGACAAUAUGCUUAAACCUGGAUAUAUCGCAAACAGCGCACCUUUCUGGAGCACUUCCACAAUUUGAGCUCUCAGUUCAGGAGAAGGACAGUCAAUCAACACUACAGCUAUGAGCUGUGCUUGAAUGACCCAUUGAGGAGCAUUUUUCCUUUUUGACACUGAACGCUGCUCAAGAUUUAGACAUCCAUAAUGAGUCUUAAGAAGAGGAAGCCAAGCAUGGUGUUUAGCUGGCACAAGUCUUUCUCCAUCCUUGCCCCGUGGAGAAAAGGCAAAGGGGAUAUUGUUUUAGAGAAUGAAGUUGUCCUGACGAAAAUGAAACUCCUCAACAACUUUCCUGAGAAACUCCUAAAUGGUGAAGAUUCCAUUUCAUCCAUCUCCAUUUCAAUGUCUGAGCAGGAAAACACAGAGCCUCUCCAGGCUGACGACGUUAUGUCCGUCCACAGUGUUGCUCCUGAAACAACAGUGCCUGAAACCAAAACAGACUAUCUAUGUUCGAUAUUUGCUGAUUCUGGGCUUCCGAGAUUGUACAAAUUUGAAUCUGAGGACUCUGGGGUAGAGAUGACUAGUGGAGCAACUUCCCCAUCCACCCCAACUGGUUCAGAGCAAAGCUUUGUGGUCCACAGCAGAGAGUCUUCAUGCGACUCUGGCAACCUGAACUCUCCGUUAUCUGCUGACAAUCAUCUCGAAGAUAGUUCGGUCUUUUUGGAAACUGAACAAACGUCUUGUAAGUGCACUAAACAAGAUUCUAAUACCAUUUUGGGAGAUAGAACAGAGGAUGAGAAAGCUGAGGACAACUUAAUGGACAUCAUUACAGAUUCAGAAAGGUCUGAGGAUAGAGCCCUGAGGAAUACCACAGAGAACUGUAAAACUACCACUGAAAUCGCAACAGUACGAGAGGAAAUAAACACUGCAUUGGCUGAUGACACCAUGUCAAGGAGUUCUGCCGAUCAUUAUGAUGGCACGACAGGACCUGAAUUUCAGCAAUCGCCUUUGAGGAAAAGUACAACCAGCGACAGUCUGGAUGAAUAUAUGGAGGAGUGCUGCAGGUUAAGUGAGGUGAACCAGGCCUGUCAAUCCAACCCACUGGGCUCUGGACUGGGAUAUCUAGAGCACAUCUGCCAACUCAUAGAGAAGAUUGGACAGCUACAAGAACAUAACCUCCGACUACAGAAACAGAUCUGUGGCCUGCAGAAGGAAGGAAGGGUGAUCAAGACUAAAGAGGACUUUUUCAUGCAGCACUGUAGCUGUGGAGCAGCUGGUUUGGCCUUUCAAGAGCUGAAAAGACACUUUCGCAGUGACCACUACAGCCCAACGGCAUCGAACGGCACGCUGUCUGACCUCACCACAAUCCCGGAGGUCACGCGCAUCCCCCUCAGGGCAGCCAUGAGAGAUGGGGAGAUGGGCUGCCAACCUCUGCCCAUUUGGAGGAGGGGCUUGAAUCGCAGGAGUUACACAGAGGGAGAGGCCAAAUACCUGAGCGACAGCGCUGAGGUGCUCUCUGCUCCUCACAGACGGCUGAGUGAGAACUAUACUUGGGGAAGAGUAAAGGAUCUGGUAAAGAAGACCAAACUGAGGAACCAAAGCCGACUGGGACUGUCUUCAGGCUCCUUGAAAAGAUCAUGUCCUCAACUUUACCGCCCAGAAGUGAUGUCAGCAGAGCGACCCAGGACAAACAGAAACUCCAUGAUCACUCUGGGCCAUCAGAAAUUGGACUAUCUGUGGACACCGUAGUAUUAAUCAGACAUUGAGCAGAUGGCCUGCGAUGGAGCAGCUUUUCCACGAAAGCAAUGGAAGUUUUUUUUUUGCAGCUAGCAGAUGGUUUUUCCAGACUGAAGAACGAAAUGGGAGAGAAAUGUACAAGGAUGUGAUGAACAGGAUUUAAGUAAUGAUGGAAAUAAUGUUGGCAUUGUGUAUACGUUGAUAAAAGUGAUAAGUUGAUGGAGAUUAACAACUCAUUAGAUUUGUCAGCUAACGACGUACUAUGUAAACAAAGAUUACAAUUUGUGAUUUCAGACAAAAUGAAUUCUUAUGUCAUGUAAAUAUGUUCCUGGGACAAUUUUCCAGAUGUUUCAGAAUUGUAAAAUACUUGAAUUACAGACAAAUAAUAACAAAUGUUGAAGAUGCAUGCUCUAACUUUAUAUAGAUCAUUUUGUACCACUAUUAUAAGAAUUCCAUGUGUAAGUGUGUAAAUACAGACUGUAACAAAUGUGUAUAUAUAUUUCCAUGAAGCAUGGAUCAUGUGCAGAUGAGAGUGGAAGAAGGGCGCUCCCACGCCUGAAUUCCUGCAAACGUAUAUUGCUGUUAUGGCGGGGCUUAUGAUAACACGUAAAUUAUAGCAUGUACAGCAGUUCUGUAUGCUGCUUGCCUGUCUGAUGUUAUAUAACAUGUGUGACCUUUCGCCUCCUAAAAAGUUAAGCAAUGGCCGGAGUAUGAACCUGAAACAUUUUUAUUCAUUUAAAUGUAUUAUAAACUGUGUAUUAUCAAGUGCUUCCUAUCCUGUGUGUCUGCCAAAACAAAAAUCAGUUGAAAACAAAAAGGAUUUCAAUUGACCUUUCGCUAAGCCCCACCCUUCUUAGCUGCUGUUGUUAUGCCUGUCAAGCUUUCGUGCCUCGCACGUCUAUUACAUUAUGUAUGCGCCGGUGUCAGACAUUCCCAGGAAUAUAAUUAGUCAUUUUUCACAAACAGGUGAAUUAUCCAAGAAAGCCAGACAAAAAAGGACUGGAGUGUGUAUUACAGCGGUAUAUUCAUGACAUAAUAAGCAACCUAUUAGAAAAUUAGGUCCCACUUUAUAUUAAGUGUCCUUAACUACUAUGUACUUACAUCAAAAAUAAUUACAAUGUACUUACUGUGUUCAUAAAGUAU